UGUCUCUGCAAAUGAAAGCUUCCAGCAAGCCAUCAACCAUUCUGCUUCUUUGCAUGAACAAGGAAUGGUUCAAAUGACUGUGAAAGACUACAUGAGAUCUCUGCAUCAGUUCUCAGAGACUCCUACCCUGUCCAGAGGGACUAGCUUCAACUCUUGCUAUUCCACCACAGGUGUACCCCAAAGCAUUCCUGAAUGGCUGGAAUUUUGGGAAAAAGAUCCAGUGGAGAUUCUUUUGGAUCUGGGCUUUGGUGCUGAUGAGCCAGAUAUCUGCACACAAAUUCCAGCAAGGUUCCUUGGUUGCACCUCAGCAGCCAGAGGAAUUAACAUCCGUAUUUUUCUUGAAGCACAGAAGCAGCGGAUGGACUUUGAGAACCCUGAUUUGUAUGGCCGGUUCCAACAGUUGGAAAUCCUGGACCAUGUGACCGAUGCCUUCUCAUCUUUGCUGAGUAGUAUUAAUACCCUACAGAGCCAGGAUGAAGAAAAAGCUGGAAGACAGGGUAUGCAAAGCCCCUCGUCAAGUGGAGCUAAAGGGAAUCUGAGAAGAAUGAGUCAAAUUUUAAGGAGGACUUCAAGACAGUACAGCAGGAGGGAUGGUAACUCAGCACUGUCAGAAUCAUUCAAGAUGGAACACAGGAUUUCUACUCUACCUACCAAGCAAUGGGAGCAUAGAGUGGGGCUACAGGUGGCUUCCCAUAGCGAUGAUGGAAGUCAAAUGUCUCCUUCAACAGAACAUGAUUCUGCCCAAGCCUGCCAUGACUUGUCACCUAAUCUUCCUCCACAAGCUCUUCUGGACAAGCAGUGGCCUUGCUCGUGCACACUGUCCAAGCAGUGUCCUCAUGUCUGUGUGUCUGAGGGCUCAGUUAGGAGGAGAACCUGGAAAGAGAAAUGGAUUCAUAUGGACAAACUCAAAAACUUGUCUCAGAUUGUGAGUAAAGGACCAGACUCCUUUGAAAUGGAAGAGGUCCAGAGCUUUGAAGAAGACACUGGCAACCCUCUUAACCUGACCUCAGGAAUUGUAGGGACCCGAGUGGACAGAACAAACAGCUGUCAGUCUGACAGCAGUGGGUUUUUGGAGGAGCUGCCAGAGCCUCAGCCCUUCCAGGUAUCUUCCUUACCAGGCAGCCAGAGUCCCAAGGAGUGUAGAGGUAGCAUACCAAGGGACCAGAGUCAUAGCCCAGCAUCAUGGCAAGACUCUCAGCAAGAGUCAUCACAUGACUCUAAAUCCAAGAACAUGGUGGUCUCAUCUUUGUCAAGCCCAGAUACAAGUGUCUUGGAAGGAAAGACCUCAGCAUCUGUGGUGGAGGAAGAGCUUCAACUCAAUGUCAUGGAAGGGCCACCAGAGACAGUCAACCAGGAUAAGACCCUCACCAAGACAAUCCCAGAGGGAGAACAUCCAGAGAGUGUUGUUGGAUCUGUCAUCACUUCUACAUGCAAUAACACAACGGGGGUCAUUGUAACUCAUGUCACAGAAGAGGAAGAUAGGUCUCUGAGGCAUAACGGUACUGGGAAAAUGCUGAUACAAAGGCACUGCUUUGAGUCACCAAGGUCGUUGAGGACGGACCAGACUCCAGACAAUCUCUAUCAUAUGGAUUCGGAGAUUGCAGGAACAGAAGGCAGCAGCAAAGUAUGCCCUGACACCCAGCAAAGCUCACUGGUACAAGAGAGGCCAGCACAGCUCCCUCACCAACACAGAAGAGACAUGCCGCAUAAAGGUGACCUUGUUCAGGACUUUGAGAAGUCAAUUCCCCACCUUGAUAAGCCACCUGGAGAUGUUCCCACUGACUCAAAUGUGACAACCCAGAUGUCCUCCAAUCUGGUGUCAGCUGUGCAGAAUGUUGUGGGCUUGGGGACCUAUAAUAAAAGAACAGCUUUUGAAUGCACUCCAUGUGACCCUAUUAAUACAACAGACAUGAGCCUGCAGACAGGAGCAAGGCAGGUCAAUGAUGUUGCUGUUCAGACUUAUGCAUGCAAAUGCAAGCCCAGGCCCUCACCAAAUAAGGCCUUAAUUCAUGGACCUAUGCCCCUCACCAAGUCCAUCUCUUUGGAUACAGGUUUUCCUAGCAUCUCCCCAACAGGCGUCUGCCACAUCAUGCCUGCCCACUGUUGUGUCUGCUGUCAUCACUGUUCCAGUUGCCAAAGGAGAAGGCAAAGCCCUGGCCCAGAACCUUCUCUAUGCAGGCAUUUCCUGUAUUCACACACAGAAGAUCCUGAAGCCCAGUUCAUGGAGACAUUGAAAAUACUUCAGGACACCACUGUGAGGGACCUGUGCUCUUGCACGGCCUAUGAGAUGGAAACCAUGAAGCUGGUGUGCCAGAGUUUCUGGGAGCACUUAGAAGAACUCGAACAGCACUUCAUGAGACAGCAGGCACUCUUUCCCAGGGACAUGUCAGAAGAGGAAAGGGAAGAGGCUGAGCACCUGAGGAUUUUACGGGAGGCCCUGAGGCAGCAGGUGGCAGAGCUGGCGUUUCAGUUAGGAGACCGAGCCAGGCAAAUCAAAGAAGGGAUCCUACUGCAGCUAGACCUUCUCUCAGAGGAGCUACCUGGCCAUUGUGCAAAUCUGCAACACUGCAACUGGACAGAAGGAAAGCAUGGCCAGAGAUCAUGUGUUCAGACUCACACUGUGGUCCCUGAGGCUGUCCUUCCUGCCAGCAGUGGGCUGCAGACUCCCUGCUCUGGGGUGACCCAGCUGGUUGCUCUUGGUCCCUCUGACCAUGAGACCAAGGGCAGAAUCUCUCUACAGUCACCAGCUAUGACAGAAUCAUGUCCAGGUCCUUCAGCAAGUCAUAGUGAAGAGAAGUGUCUGUUAGACCAGGGUGUGUCUGAUGACCUUUGCACAAAAUGGGAGAUCCCAGAACAGUGGUAACAAGGGAAUCCAAAAUACUAUGUACCUUUCUAAUCUAUGACUAAACUCUGAGUAGUUUUAUGUUCACUGCUUAUAUAAUAAGAAAUUCCUGCUAUGUACCUGAUUGGGGUAUAUUAUAGUAGCAUAUGACCUCUACCCUCAUAGAGCAUGUGUCAUAGUAGAGGAUGACAAAUGUAAACACACAUACAUAUUUAUAAUUAUAAAUCAAGAAAAUAACAAUGUGUCUUGAUUUUAUGAAAGAUAAGUAUCUGAGUCUGAUCAGGCAUAUGGAAAGCAUGUUUGGAGAUGUAAUAUUGGUCAUGCUGGAGGCAGCUGUGAACAAAACAGAAUGUCUAUGCAUCAAGAGUUGGAUAAAGUGAGAGAAACAACACAUUGGAUAAAUGCCAUUUCCAUACAAGCAGUUUGUGAGUUUGUGGAGGACCCACUGUGUGACAUGGGAGGAAAGCGUCCUGGAGGCCUCACCAAAAGAAACCAUUAGGAAGGACUUGAAGGUAAGAAGGAGGAAGCCCUAGAGAACUCAGGUACAAGAGCCUGCAAAGCAGAAGAGUAGAAGAUUCACAAGGCUGGGCUGUGGAAAGAGGCCAUUUUGCCAACUGCAGUUAGUGAUACAGUAGAAGGGGCCUGCGUGAAGACCCUGAUUCUUCAGUCCAUGGCCAGUAAUCUAAGAGCAUAUAUUAUUUCAAGUCCAACAGAAAGCCUCCAUAAGUGUUGCACAUGGUUUUCAUAGGGUCCUCUCUACCUUUAAUAAUCACAGGAAGAGAACAGCAUGGAGCCUACAGAGAGACAAAGAUGCUGGUUACAGGUCUAUUGUUUGCUGUUGUCCCUCAAGUUAAAGGCAAAGGUUGUUUAGCUGUUUCCAUACAGCUGUGGGAACAACAUGUCUCCUACUGCAAGAGAAAUUUAUGGAGGUGGAUACAAAGGCCAAAGAAGGACUCUCUAUAAUUAGAAAUAGAUGAAAAAUUAAAAAA